AUGGCUUCUGUGACUUCCUUAGACAAGGAUCUACGCAAUUUGCGACUAUCCCGCUAUACCCCGCAGGCAGCCGCGGAGGUACGGGACUGGAUCGAGGAGGCACUACGGGAGAAACUGCCAUCCAGCGACCUGCUGGAAGGGUUGAAGGAUGGCGUGGCCCUUUGCAAGCUAGUCAAUCUGGCUGUGUCACCAGGCGUGAAGUAUAAGCAGUCAGGAAUGCCAUUCGUACAGAUGGAGAACAUCUCACAUUUCCUGCGCGCAUGCCAAAUGGCCCCUUUGAACCUCCCUCCCCAUGACGUCUUCCUCACAGUCGAUCUCUACGAAUCCAAGGAUCCCGCUCAAGUCCUUCAGUGUUUAGCGGCAUUUAGCCGCCGAGCGAAUGCCCUCGCGCCUAGCAAGUUUCCCCGGACAGUCGGUCCCCAAAGCAAGCGUGGCGUGAUCAGUCCGAAUGCUACCGGCUCGUCAGGCACUGGCUCGUAUACCCGAAAUGGCCGGGCUUCGAGUAAUGCUAGCGAUUCAUAUAGCUCCUGGAGUAAGAAAGGCGACGAGGGGGCGACUUCGCCGGCUUGGAACAUUCAUCAAUACGGCUACAUGGGUGGCGCCAGCCAGGGCAAUCAAGGUAUUGCGUUCGGUGCUCGGCGACAGAUCACCACACCCAGACCAGCUGUGCCGAGCCUAGCGGAGAAGGAGAAGCGCAGACGGGAGGAGGAAGAGAGAAUUCGCCAGGAAAAUGCGGACAGAGAGGAAGCCGAACGGAUUCACUACCAACAGCAGGAGGAAGAAGAGGCCCGAGCCAAGGCCGAGGAACAACAACGAUGGGAAGAAGAGACAGCUCGUUUGAGGGAAAAGGAACGCCAGCAGAUGGAAAUGGAGAAACAGCGUUGGGAUGAGGAAAAGCGCCAGUGGGAGGAAGAGGAGCAACGCCGUGUUGCAGAAGAACAGGCAACCGAGGAGCGUCUCGAGCAAGAGCGACAGCGCCGCCGGGGCGCCAACGAUGCUCGUCUCAAUGGCCAGUUCCUCAGUCAAUAUCAGGCUGUUCAACCUCGCAGCGUCAGUGGCGGCAGCGCAGCUGGGGUGCCCGAUGAGACCCCCGAAAGCCGCCGUAUCAAAGAGCUUGAGCGCGAAUUAGCACUCGCCAAAGAGCGCGAGCAGCAAUACCAGAGCGAGAGGCAAAGCGUUCAGCCUCAAAGCGGUAAUGAGCCUCGGCCUCCCAGCCAGAGCCGCCAACGCCCGGCUCCCGUGCCUCCUAAGCCAAGCUAUGAUCUCUCUUCGCUGGAACAGGAACGGCGCAUGCUUCGUGGAGAAUGGCAGAAGCACCAGGAAAUGCCAGCAGCUUCUGAAGAAUUCGAGACAGCAGAGGAUGAACAGGCGCCCCCUCCACCACCUCGUCCACUUCCCGAGCCUGUUGCAUCGCCCAAGCCAGCACUUCCUGCCCGCGACCUUCCUGCAGCUCCACGCCCUUUGCCAGAUCCGGCAGCAUAUUCGGCCAAUCGUGGUCGUGAGAAUCGAGUCGACCGUUUCCUUUCGUCGAACCCGGCACCACAAGCUCCCGCCCCAUCCACUCACCGGCCACGGGACUACAGCACCACUUCUGAAGUUGACGCAGAAAACCAACGUCGCAUUGAGUCUCAAGAGAAGACUCGUGCUGGUGGAUGGGCCUCCAAGUCACUUCUGGAGCGUGAGAUGGAGCGCGAACGUGAGCGCCAGCGCGAGUGGGAAGAGAACCAGAAGCAGACUGAAGCUGCCGCGCGUGAUCCUCACAUGGGCUCUGGCCCCGGCCAAAGCUGGGAUGUCCACCAAUAUGGCUACAUGGGCGGUGAUAACCAGAAUCGUGGCGGCACGGGCUUAGGGAUUGGAGGUGCCAGGCGACAAAUUAUUGGACCUCGACCUCCCCCAUAA